AUGAAUAAAAUAGUUUUAAGGAAUGUUAGUAAAGUAAAGGGAGAUGGAAUAUUUUAUAAGUCUUAUAUAAAGUUUAAUUUGAGGAAAUAUGAAAAUAUAAUAAAUUUUGAGACCAAAUUAAAUUUUUCAACAAAUAAAAAAAAUGAAGAAAAUCCAUUAAAAAAAAAAAAAAGUAUUUUUUUAACAUGGAAAUGUUUUGUUUUUAAUUUAGGUUUAUGUAUUCCUACAUUAUAUUUAUAUAAAUUGCAAUGUGAUAAAAAAAAUGGUAGAAAGAAUCAUAUUGGAAAAACAAGGGUUGAAAAUAUUGGAAAACCAUUAAUAGGUGGGAAUUUUACACUAAUAGAUUAUAAUGGAAAUAUAGUUACAAAUCAAACAUUUAAAGGAAAAUAUUGUUUAAUAUAUUUUGGGUUUACUUAUUGUCCUGAUAUUUGUCCUCAAGAAUUAGAAAAACAAACUAUCGUUUUUGAAAAAAUAUCAAAAAAAUAUGGGGAUAUAGUUACACCUAUUUUUAUUACUGUAGAUCCUAAUCGAGAUACAGUAGCUCAAAUCAAUUAUUAUUGUAAAUCUUUUAAUCCGAAAUUAAUUGGAUUAACUGGAACAAAAGAUCUUAUAAAACAUGCUGCCAAAUUAUUUCGUGUAUACUACAAUGAGCAUAUUACUGAUAUGGGUAAUACAAAUCAAACUGUUACUGAUCAAAAUAAAUACAAUUAUUUAAUUGAUCAUUCUAUUAUUCAUUAUUUACUAGACACGGAAGGGAAAUUUGUAGAUUUUUUCGGUAAAAAUUGUACAAUUAAUGAAAUGGUAGACCGAAUAUCUCAAUAUCUUGAUGAACAUAUAGCUAGCCAAAAAAAGUGA